UUGUAGCACUGCACUUGUUCGAACACACACAAAAGCUAUUGGCUCCGGACAUGCAACGGAAAGGUAAAAUUCUGCCAAAUGGAUCUUAUCACCGGUUGAGACCGAUAGCGAACACAUGAGCCACACCGCCGUAUAAUGUGUCCCAUUGGCUUCCGGUUAGGUGUCGUAAGCAAUCAAGAUGAAAUUUCCAUUUCCCUGUUAUAAAUGAUAUGGCCCCCUGAUGGAUGCGCUUAGUAUGUCUAAAUAAGCCAUCCGACAGUGAUUUAGUAUUCAUCGGAGAACAGAGAACGGAACACACGGCCAAGUGACAAGUGGCUAUGAGCAAAGUUUUGAUAUUUGUUGUGCUUUGUGCGGUUGGAACUGAUCGUCGCCAUGUGAGGGCACAGCAGAACAUCAUGGAACAGGGCAAGAUUGCUGUAAUUGGUGCAAUCGCUAAGGGCAAAGAAGUCAUUGACCAUGGGGUGAACGUCAAAUCGGAACGGCAGCAAUCUUACGACAUCUUUGGUUUGAAAUUCGAUACGAGCAAUGGCGUGGGCACUGGAUUUGGGGAUGCCGCUACGGAGAAAAACCUCAACAGCGUCGAGGAUGAUUUGGUUCGGCGCAGGAAGCGUUCGCUGGAUGUAUUGGAAGCACUGCGGGCCGCAGGAUUGAUCAGUAACUCUGCAGGGGGAACCAAUGUGAACAUUGUGAAAAUAAACAGCGUUUCCAAUGUGAACAACUAUGGACCGGAGACAACAACGGAGAGUUCUACGCGCAGGAGGAGGUUGAUUGGGAACUUCCAUCGUUCAAUGGUUUUUAGUGUGAUGGAUCAAAAGGUAUCCUAUGUGAGCAGUGAUACUGAAUUACAUAAAAAUGAACUGUUUAAAUCGCACACGGAAGGUGAAAGUCAUUCGAAUCAUUUGGAGAAGAUGGAGGAAAAAGAGGUUGAUGGACCCGGUAUUAGGAACAGGCGAUCACUUCGAAUUGAUACAGUAGAUGAAAGUCAAGGACCGAUUAAAAAGGAUCAUUUGAUGCAAAAUGAUGACCAACAGUUAUUUGGAAGCCCAAAAAUUAAGAGAUCGUUGGUCUUGAGUAAUUUGGAAAAUAAAGCUUUCUACUUCACCAGGCGCGCAGAAGCUAAAGCCGACGGAUCCAUGAAAACUCACACGUUUACUGGAUCUCGAGAGGCAAAAUUGAGCAAGCUUUCAUUUGAACCUGAGUCAGAGGGUCAACGGAGAGCGAAACGUUCACCUCAGGAGAUGGAUGAGGGCACAGUUACGACUGAUCUACCUCCGCGUAACAGAACGCGUCCUGGGCCUCCCGAUGGCGAUGGAGGUGGUCCUCCUUCAGGUCGACCAAGGGGACCUCCUCCCGAUUGUGGUGGUGGUGGUCCUAAAGGUGGCCGCAAAGGAAAAGGUCGAGGCCCGCCUCCACCACCUUCUGAAGAGAGCGAUGAGGAUCAACCUAACGAUGCGGCACAGCGAAAGAAACGUGAAACUUCCGGAGAUGAAGUUUCUAAUGAGAGCAACUCCAGUUAUUACAGUGAUUCAUCGAGUAGCGAAGAGCAUACUGGUCAACGUAGAAGGAAACGAGAAAUCAAUGCUAACUCUGGCGAUGAAAAUGGCACUGGAACAGAUUCUGGUGAUUCAAGCGCAUCCAGUUACUACAGUGAUUCAUCCAGUAGUGAGUAUAGCGAUUCAACGAGUGAAGAAGAUCAGGACUCUGAAUCAAACGACGGCGGGGAAGAUACGCAGGACGAAACCCCUGGGAAUGAAGAUGACGUGCAACGUACUAAGCGAUCACCAUGCAAACGAUCAACGACGCUACCGCCGGAUGAGUUGGAGAGAAGAAAACGAGAGGCAGAAUCGCAAGAGGAUGCCGGAGAAAAAGUUGAAAAAGAUGUUGCCUGGUUUUCAGAUGUGAUGAAUAAGUUUUUCAGAGCUGUGAAAAAGGUGGCCGAUACGGCAAAGCAAGUAUUUAGCGGAGGUAAAGGGGAGACAGGUGGUGAGGGCAAUCCUGAUGCAGAACGAAUGUAA